GCGUGAUGUGGAUGAGGUGGAGGUUUGGCAGUUGGAAGAGAGAGGAAGUCACUAUAGAGGCUGAGAAAAAGGUUUGCUGGGUUCAGAGAUCAAACGCCAGCUUUGAGAGUCAGAAGUUCUAUCUCCCAGGGAAAUGCUGCUUUUGCCACUUCUGUUGCUUGUGGUUCUCAUCCCAGGUGGUGACAACGAGCCAGCUUUCCAGGGGCCGACCACUUUCCACCUCAUCCAGAUAUCGUCCUUUGCCAACAGCACCUGGGCACAAAACCAGGGCUCCGGCUGGCUGGGCGAUUUGCAGAUUCAUGGCUGGGACAGUGAGUCGGGCACUGCCAUUUUCCUGAAGCCUUGGUCCAAGGGCAACUUGAGUGACGAGGAGGUGACUGAGCUGGUGGAGAUCUUCCGAGUCUAUUUGAUCGGAUUCCUCCGGGUCGUACAGGAUCACGUCAGUGAAUUCCAGCUGACAUAUCCCUUUGAGAUCCAGGGCACAGCAGGCUGCGAGCUCCUUGCGGGGGAGACCACAGUCAGCUUCCUGCGGGGAGGGCUAGGGGGAGUGGACUUCAUGAGCCUCCAGAAUGGGACGUGUGUGCCUGCGGCUGAGGCCGGCAGCCGUGCCCAGUGGUUCUGCACGCUUUACACGCAGUACCAAGGCAUCUCUGACAUCAUCGGGAAUCUCCUCUAUCACACCUGCCCCCGGUUUCUCUGGAGCGUCCUGGAAGCAGGGAAGGCGGAGCUGCAAAGGCAAGUGAAGCCCGAGGCCUGGCUGUCCAGUGGCCCCCCUCCUGGCCCUGGCCGUCUGCUGCUGGUGUGCCACGUCUCAGGAUUCUACCCAGAGCCUGUGUGGGUGAGGUGGAUGCGGGGGCAGCAGGAGCAGCCGGGCGCUCAGCAAGGGGACGUCCUGCCCAAUGCUGACGGGACGUGGCAUCUCCGAGUGACCCUGGACGUGGCGGCUGGGGAGGCAGCUGGCCUGACCUGCCGAGUGAGACACAGCAGCCUUGGAGGCCAGGACAUCGUCCUCUACUGGGGUCAUAUCAGAAUAUCCCAUGAGCUGUUAUCAUGUCUCCUUGUACCCAUUUGGAAUAAGGACUCAGAAGACAAGAAGCUCAAGUUGUCAGCCCAGCAGUCAAUCUCAUCAUCUUUAAUCAAAGAAUUAUCAUAUUUGACCAACUCAGAGUUCCCAUAGGUUGUGAGAUACAUCAUAAUUUACACACUACCAGAAAAAUCAUUAAGAACUCUGCAUUUAUUAUAUGAUAGUAUCAAUAGUAGGCUCCAUCCAGGUUUAAUAAAUGUGAGAUGUGAAAAAGGAUGUAUCCUGGAAUAAAUAAAAUAAAGUACAGACGGUCCUCGA